UAUCAGCGUCUGCUACCAGAGCCGGAGCUGGGCCCUGGGGAGAUGGCCACAGCCUCAGCAGCAGGGAGGACGGCAAAGAGCGCGCCGCGGCCUCAUGUCUCAAUCAGCUCCACCCUGUGGAUGUGAUGGCGGCUCCUCCUCCGACCUGGCGUCUGCCCCUCCUCGUCGUUGUCUUCCUUGCCCUGGUCAUCCCUGGGCUGGCAGCGACGGUGAACGACUCUUCCAAACUCACGUGCUUCUACAACUCAAAAGCCAACAUCUCGUGUGUCUGGAGCCAGGAUGGGAGUCUGCAGGCCCAGUCCUGCCACGUCCACGCCCAGCCAGACAAACGGUCCUGGAACCAAGCCUGCGCUCUGCUCCCGGUGAGGGUGACGCCGGGAACCUGGGUCUGUAACCUCAUCCUUGGACCCCCAAAUUCUCAGAAGCUGACUGCGGCUGACAACGUCAACUUGAGCGUGAUGUGCCGCGAAGGGGAGAGGUGGAGGAUGAUGACCAGCCAGGUCUUCAAGCCCUUUGAGAACCUUCGCCUGAUGGCCCCCGACUCCCUCCGAGUCGUCCAAAUAGGGACCCACAGGUGCAACGUAACCUGGACGGUCCCCCUGUUCUCCCACUACAUUGAACAUUACCUGGAGUUCGAGGCCCAGGCACGGCCCCCGGGCCACAGCUGGGAGGAGACACCCCUGCUCUUCCUCAAGCAGAACCAGCAAUGGAUUUGCCUGGAGACCCUGACUCCAGACACUCCAUAUGAGCUUCAGGUGCGGGUCAGAUCCCAGAGAAACAGCUAUGCCGCUGAAUGGAGCCCCUGGAGCCAGCCCCUGGCCUUUAGGACAAGGCCUGCAGCCCCCGGAAAAGAGACUUGGCCCUACCCUUGGUUGGGCCACCUCGCCGUGGGCCUCAGCGGCACCGUUGGCUUCGUUGUCCUAGUCUACCUGCUGGCCAGCUGCCGGUACAUUGGACCAUGGCUGAAGAAGGUUUUGAAGUGUCACAUCCCAGACCCUUCGGAGUUCUUUUCCCAGCUGAGCUCAGAGCAUGGAGGAGAUUUCCAGAAGUGGCUCUCUUCACCCUUCCCCUCAUCCUCCUUCAGCCCUGGUGGGCUGGCACCCGAGAUCUCCCCACUGGAGGUGCUGGAGAGGGACGCCAAGGCCAUGCAGCUGCUCCUGCCGCAGCCGGACAAGGUGCCCUCACCCGAGACCAGCGGCCACUCUCUGACCAGCUGCUUCACCAACCAGGGCUACUUCUUCUUCCACCUCCCGGAUGCCCUGGAGAUCGAGGCCUGCCAAGUGUACUUCACCUAUGACCCCUGUGCAGAGGAGCCUGAUGAGGGAGGGCCUGGGGUGCCCGCGGGGUCCCCCCUGCCACCUGUGCUGCCUCUGCCAGGGGAGGACGAUGCCUACUGCACCUUCCCCCCCGGGGAAGACCUGCUGCUCUUCUCCCCCAGUCUCCUUGGUGGCCCAGGCCCCCAAAACACUGCCCUUGGGGGCAGGGAGGCUGGUGAAGAGAGGCUGUCCCCCUCCCUGCAGGUGGGAGUCCCUGGAGACUCGGGCCUCAGGCCCCUGGGGACCCCUGUCCCAGAAGCCCCUGAACUGGUGGGUCCCCAGUCGCCCCUGGAGCUGGCACUGGAAGAGGCCAGAGAGGAGGUGUCUCCUCCCAGCCCUGGGGAGGGACGUGGUCCCCCCUGGGUCACCCCUCCUGGGCAGGGUCAGGGCAGGGCCCUCACUUCCUGCCUGACCCUGAACACUGAUGCCUACUUGUCCCUCCAAGAACUCCAGGAUCAGGAUCCAGCUCACUCAGUAUAGACAGCCGGCCGAGGUGGAGGUGAGGGGCUGUCUGCUGCUGCACCUGGCCGGAGGCAGGCCUAGCUGAGGGUUCUCUCUGGGCAAGUCCUCCAGGCUCGUCCGUUGCCAAGGAAACUCAGGGUCCAGCUGUCCCUUGGACACCUCUGCCCAACAGUCCCCAUCCAGCCCCACACACUCAGCCCGUCCACUCCCAAACCUCAGCUGCCGCUCCCAAGUCAGGACCCGUUCUGUUCCCCCUUGUCAACCAGGGAGUUCUGGAGCUGUUGCCUCAGCAGCCUCCGUCCUCUCCAGCCUCCCAACUGCUCGCUGUCGUCACCCGGCCUCCUCGCUGGGCUUCCGGCCCCAGUCUCACCUCUUCCCAUCCACCCUCCAGACGGCAGCCAGGAUGCUUUUUCCCCAAUGCAAAUGUGGCCAUGUUCUUUCCCUGUUUAAAACUCUGCCAUGGCUCCCCAUUGCCCUGAGCAUCAAAUCCACACUCCUUGGCCUGGUCCUUGCCCCUGCAGUAUCAUGUCCACUCCCUUCUGGGACCCUCAGGAUGAUCCUAUGGAAAGGCUGUAGCUCCCUCAGCCCCUCUUCUCUCUCAUCUGUAUGACAACUUACCCCUAUCUAGCAAGUGUCAGUUCUGCUUCCCCUGAAAAGAGACACCACCCUCUUAGUGUGCCAAGACUUCGAAUUCCAGCUCGGGAAGGAGAAGCUCUCAGGGCCACUGGGCAGUUGGACCAAGCAGCCCUGUCACACCCCCCUUGGGAUCUCUUUGGGACUUGGGAUGCUUGACUACCGCUUCCUUCCGACACAAAUCCCCCAGCACAGUGGACACAGGUGGGACCUCUCUACCAUGGCCUCACAGACACAAUGUGAAGUAGAUCCAGGAGUGCAAGCAGCACAAGCAGCAGCCCCUCCAAGUGCCACGCCUGUUGCUGCCAUGGGGGGCCCAAGCCUGGGCCCCUCCCCUCCCCACUCCCUGUGCAGCCCAGGAGCCAGCAACCCAGUCUCCAGACUGGAGGUUUGGGAGGGGACCUGACACAGAGCCAGGCACCUGAUCAUAGACCUUGGAUGAAUUAAUGAAUUACCUGGCUCUACCCUGCCUGGGCUCCGUGUGCACCACCCACCUCACGGGACCACCUCCUGCCACUGUGAGCCUUCUGAGGUGAAGACUUGGAGAGAGGGAGUCCCAUGCCCUCCUGGGGUCCAGUGUGCCACCCAGUACAGGAGGCUCAGCCCCACACUUAUCUGCUCCCAGCUGGCCCCUUCCUUUCUAGUGCUCCCCACCACCUUCUGCGUCUCUUUCCUCAGUCCCUGGCACUCAUCACACUGUGAUGUUUGUCACAACCUUCCUCCCAGAUUAUAAGGCAAGGAGCAAAUCCCAGCCACCUGGGAGCUGGGAAGCACAGUGCCCAGCAUUUGUAGGCCCUGCUAGCAGCUGAUUGGGCACCUGACUAAAGCAAGUCCGUUUAUAGGCUGACCGUCAGCCUGUGAGGUGGCUCGGGACAGAAGCCCUGCCAAUUCAAGGGGGCUGGGCCUGAGCUGGCCAAUCAGAUUGUCUCUCAGUCCAGGAUUUGAACCCAGGGAGGAAGAGAGGGAGGCCCUAGUAGCCCCUGCAGAUGGGGAAACAUGCCCAGGAAAAGCUGGGUGCAGUGGAGCCCUGUUAGAGGAGGUCCCCAGUAGCUGAUAGAGAAACUCUUGCUGCCCAGGGUUCUACUGACAUUGGGUCAGGAUUCCAGUUUCCUUUAUGUCCCAAAAAUAAACUCCCCUUUCUUGAGGUUGGCUGAAUCUUGGGUUUCUUACCACUGGAAAGGGCUUAAUUGUAGGGCAGCCCCACUUCCCACCCUCUGCUAUAAAAUGCUUUUAUGCUCCUCCCCACAAGGCCCCUUAGGUCCUGGCCUGAGCAUCAGACCUGAGCUCCCUGUCCACAAAUCAGUUUUCUUACCCCCAAAAGGGAAUAGUAUUUGCCUGCUCUAGUUUGAAGACUUCUUGUGAAGGUUGAAUUUCUCCUGUUUUGGUCAUGUGUUAUCAUACAUAUUUUUUAAAUGA